UAAUCAAUAAAUGACAUGUAAUCCAUAAAAAAGUCUGAUUAUGGGUAUUUUGACGUAAUCUAAUGGCAAGUUUUUAAUUUUUGGAAUCUGAUUACAUAAUCCAGAUUACAUGCUAUCAAUUACUACCUAGCUCUGUUUACAGUGCAACGUUCAGGAAGGUUUCCUUACUGCUGUAAUGACCUGAGCUCUUUUGAACUGCCGCUGACUGUCUCCACAGCAACAGCUGUAGAAUGCUCCAUGCGGUGCUUGUGAGGGAAUUCUGGCUGCUCAGGAUUCCGUGAGCUCGUGGGCUUUGUGUUGGAGUUUAAGGGAACGGACCACAGAUGCUGUGAUUACUGACCUCCACCCCUUCUCCUCCUUCCCGUCUUUCUCCUCUGUAACCCUCCUUCUUUUAUAACUCUCGAGAUUCCAGCCCCCACUCCUUAAGGAGCCGUGCCUGCAAGCUGUCGCUCCGAUGCGUCUGUCAAGGUUUAGUGGUUUUUGUAGCACAAGAAGAGAAGAGAAAGACAGAGCAGACUUCAAGGUUGUAACAGCCAAUGAAGGCUUUCAGGAGCUUUAGGUUUCAGGAGAAGGGAAUAAAGUGUUUAGCUAAAUGCACCACCAGUUUGAAGGUAGAGUUCACCUAAAACAGGAAUUUGUGUCGUUGUUUACUCAUACUACCAUUCCAAUUUUUUAAGAAUUUUACAGUAACCAGAGUCUGCCAAGCUCCAAAAUGACAAAGAUAGUCCUCUGCAUUCCAAGCCUUCUGAAGCUGUACACUAACUUUUUGUACGAAAAAGUCCAAAGUUUAAGUUGUUAUCCAUCGGCGGUCUCAAAUCUCACUUGUACUUCCUUAUUAUUAAACCUAAUUUUCCGUAAUUCCAUGUGAGAAGCAACCACCAAUGGCAUUGAAAUCUGGUGCAACACUUGAAAAACACAUGAAAAAUAUUUAAAUGUAAGUUGGCUAUAAAACCUCGGUCUGUUCCUCACAGAAAGUUAUGAAAUGACUUCAGAAGGCUUGGAUAUAUAGUGCACAAUUUGCAUGGACUUUUAUGGUGUUUUUUUGUCUUUUUUUUAGAGGUUGACUGGCCAUGGUCACGGUGCAUUUAAUAUAACAUCCUAGUAAACAUUCUGUACAGUAUCCCCUUUCGGGGUGGACUGAGUUUGUUCAGAAUACAAUCAUAAAAAGAGGAAAUUUAAUCAAAUGUUGCGCUUCAUUUCAUCCAUCAACCAUUAAAAAGAUCAAUCUGCAUUCCUCAAGAAACUUUCUGUUUAUAUCUUAAUGGCCAACCAACAUUUUAGGACAUGUGAUUUGUUCAAAGAUAAGGUAUCAUGUGAUGUGGAAGUGUCAUGGCGUUUGUGAAGAUGACAGGAAGGAACAAGAAGGAAAUAAAAAAGAGAAUGUGGGUGAGUCUGAGUAAAACAAUCCAUUCUUCCCCAUCUGGAACGUGGGAUGUUUCUUCUUCCUCUCCUAGCAUGGGUGGUUUAAAAUACCUCUUUACCUUCUAAAACACUUUAAUACAGCGUUCUUUCCCUCUCUCGCUCACUCAUUCGCCACUUUAAACACAUCGAAUCUGCAACCAAUUACAGUGCUUUGGAACCAGCAAACCAUCCAAGAUGUGCAGCCUAAAGGUACUUUUAUAUGACUUGCGUCAAUCUCUCAGAGCAAAGCGUCAGGCUCCUUGUUACUGCAUUUCUUACUGGUCAAGCAUUGUCAUGCAACACUCAAGUCUUUCAACUUUGCACAAUGUUUGCUUAUCAGCUUUUAAAAAAGGGAGGAAAAAGCACUUUGUUGAUCAUUUGGUAGAAUCUAGUCAAAUUUGGCAGAUGCCAACAUGGACAGGUUUGUGUAACAUGCCUUCAUUCUUAAAACCAAUGAACAAGCUACUCAAAGUACAAAAAAAAUAAUACCCAGACUUAUGGAUCUUGAUGUCUAAUGUAAAAUGUGGUUCCUAAUGGAACACCAGUUGAGAUCAUGUUAUGUUGAGAGACAAAUAGACAUAAUGAAACUAAUGGCUUAUAAUGUGAGUAUGUAAAGACCUCAAUCCAAACUGUUUAGCACACCAGACCUGGCAUGUUCACUCUUAAAUGGAAGUGUAUCAUUAAGUCAUUAAUUUUACAUUCAGCAAGACUGACAGGUUCAUGUUUAUCCUUCACUCACUGCCUGAGCAUCAAAGCUAAGCUCUUUUUACCUGUCAGAGAUGUUUCAGGUAAUGUGAGUUACACAUUUUGUUCGUCUGUGCAGGUGGAGACACACCUGAUGGAGAUUUUGCACAAUGCUUUAGUUGUUACAGUCGCCCUCAAACACACUGCCUGGAUGCCGUCUGCUAGCACCAUGACUGGCGGGAGAGCACUACUGCUCUGUACAAACACAGAGGACUGCAUCUACCAAUCAGCAAACGGGCUCCACUGCUGUGGAUUGAAGCUUGACCAGACCCAAUCUGUGGUGCUUCAGCGGCCAGACCUGUGUGGGGUCGGGAACAGUGUCUCGUCUCUGAGCAACAUCAACCGAAGCCCAGGAGACACCAUCAUGCUCGCCCACAAGAGUCCCUCCAAUCCUCGGUCCAUUGAAAAUGGUCUGGAUGGUUGCAGCAAGACUCCCAAGACUCCCUUAGGACUUAAAAGCACUGCCAGCAUUCAGGACAAGAUAUCCCGAUGGGAAGGUAAAACAGAGACCACCGGGACAAACACCCAACCGGUGGGACUGAAGGAGCCUGAAGUUGGAAAGAAGAAGGUACAACCGGAAGUACAAAGGAAAGACAGUAAGCGACUUUCCAACUGGGAGAGACAGAACUGUGGCAAAGAGAAUGGGAGUAAGUUCAGAGAUCCUUUGCACACUUCUGAGGGACCUGUGAAGGAAAAGGAAUGGAUUUUAGACAAAGCCCCAUUGGGGAAAACAACAGAAACUGGUCAGGACAAAAAGUUGGUGUUGACGCACAUUAAAAAACUUGAGCAAGUAAUGAAGGAGACUCCUUCCAAAUCGUCGUUGUCUAUGCCAGGCAAUUAUUUCUGCCCAGCUUCCAAAGAGGAGCAGGAAGAAGCAGAGAAGAGGCCCACAGAGCCAAUCUUUGGGACUCUGGAUGUUGUGAGAUCCAGCAGCCGAAUUCGACGUCGGGACUCUGAGAACGUCUACAGUGAACCUGGAGCUCCUUCCAUUAACCCUUUGCCAAAACCCCAAAGAACCUUUCAACACCACACACAGACAAACAACCCUGUGGUCAACCACUGUUUCAUCAAAGGUAAACGAAAUCUCCCCCCUUUACCUUCCAUACCUCCCCCACCCCUUCCAUCCUGUCCUCCACCUCAAGGGAUCUGUAGAAGACUAUCCGGACGAGCUCGAGACACUAAUAACAGGAAGUCCUACGAGUUUGAAGAUCUUCUACAGUCGACAGCAGAAGGUUGUCGAGCAGAUCUCUACGAGCUGUCUAAGAUAGGGCUCACUCGCACUUUAUCAGAGGAGAAUGUCUAUGAGGAUAUCCUAGACCCUCCAUCAAAGGAAAACCCAUAUGAAGAUAUAGAGUUGGAAAGUCACUGUCUUAGGAGCAAGUAUCCCAUUUCUUCUUCCCCUUCCUCUCCUAUUCCUGACACCCCAUCCAAGCUCUCCUCCAAGUCUGGUUUCUUCAGGCACAAUUCAGAGCGACGUAGUUUCAAGCUAUUGGAACUGCGAAAGACCGGCAGAGAUGGCGGCAUUGCGUCCCCGUCGCGGGUCAGCCCUCCAUCAACACCCAGCAGCCCGGAUGACACCCCGUGCCUGUCGGGGGAUCCUUACAACCGACGGCGGCGGAAAAUUCCAAAGAUGGUGCAGAAAAUCAAUGGCAUCUUUGAGGCCCGUAGGGGAAAGAAGAAGAUGAAGAGGGUCUCGCAGUCAACCGAAUCCAGUUCAGGAAGAGUGACGGAUGAAAACAGCGAGUCUGAAAGUGACACAGAGGAGAAACUUAAAGCUCACAGUCAGAGAUUAGUGUUGGUCCAGUCUAUGUUGAGGCAAACCGGUCGAUAUCGGACUCUGGAGCGAGACUUUAUGGACCUUCAGGAGCGGAAGUUGUUUGAGUACUUUCUGGUUGUGGCUCUUCAUAAGACCAAAGCAGGCGUGCCGUAUUUACCAGAAGUCACUCAGCAAUUCCCUCUCAAGUUUGAACGAAGCUUCAAGUUUAUGCGAGAGGCUGAAGACCAGCUGAAAGUCAUUCCUCUGUUCUGUUUCCCUGACGCUAAAGACUGGGCACCUGUGGACAAUUUCCCCAGUGAAACGUUCUCGUUUGUCUUAACCGGAGAAAAUGGAAGCCGAAGAUUUGGUUACUGUCGACGUUUACUGCCCAGCGGUAAAGGGAGGCGUCUACCUGAAGUGUACUGCAUUGUGAGCAGACUGGGCUGUUUUGAUCUGUUCUCGAAGAUCCUGGAUGAGGUAGAGAAGCGACGAGCCAUUUCCCCCGCGCUGGUCCAGCCGUUCAUGAGAGGAAUUAUGGAGGCUCCGUUCCCAGCGCCGGGCAGAACCAUCAGCAUUAAGAACUUUCUGCCGGGUUCAGGAACAGAGGUGAUAGAAUUAUGUCGGCCUUCAGAUUCCCGUCUAGAGCAUGUGGAUUUCGAGUGUUUGUUUUCCUCUCUGAGCUUGCGUCUGCUUCUGCGGGUGUUUGCUUCUCUCCUGCUGGAGCGGAGGGUCAUCUUCACCGCAGAUAAACUCAGCACCCUCUCUAAAUGUUGCCAUGCCAUGGUGGCUCUGCUGUACCCCUUCACCUGGCAGCACACGUACAUCCCGGUUCUGCCACCAUCCAUGAUGGACAUCGUCUGUACGCCGACCCCCUUCAUAGUCGGGCUGCUCUCCAGCUCUCUGGCCCGUCUCAAAGAGCUGCCGCUGGAGGAGGUCCUGGUGGUCGACCUUGGCAACAGUCGUUUCCUGCGACAGAUGGAUGAUGAGGAUUCGAUUCUGCCUCAUAAACUCCAGGCCGCUCUUGAACACGUUCUAGAACGGAGAAAGGAGUUGGCGUGUGACGUGGCAGAUAAUCCUAGCGAGCCCAGUUCUCUGAGCUGUGUGGUGUCAGAGGUGUUUGUGCGGUUCUUCGUGGAGAUCGUUGGUCAUUACUCACUCUUUAUGGGCGGCAGCGACCGUGAUGAAGAAUCCUCCGCCUCGUCUUCCUCCUCUCCGACUCCCUCGUCCUUCCAGCGCGAGGCGUUCCGUAAGGCUGUGUCCUCCAAGAGCCUGCGGAGAUUCCUGGAGGUCUUCAUGGAGACGCAGAUGUUUGCGGGGUUCGUGCAGGAAAGAGAGUUUCGGAGGCAGGGCCUGAAAGGUUUGUUUGAGAUGAGGGCUCAGGAUUACCUCGACUCUCUGCCAGGCAGUGAGAACAGAGGCGUCAACAAGUUCCUCAAAGGUUUAGGACACAAGAUGAAAUUCCUGUCCAAAAAAUGAAAACUAGCCAUGUAGCACGUGUAUGUUAGACUAGCUCUCACCAGAUCGUCUGACCCAAAACAGACCUGAGGACCAAAGGCGAUGGAAAACACUGUACAGUCCAUUCUAGUUCCCCAAACCACACGGACCCUAAAGGACUUUAUUGAAACCCAUAACAGAAGCGGCCAUGUACAGUUCUUUCUCUCGUUUUCUACAUUUUUAAGAGAUGGAGUACAACUUCUUCUGAAACAGGAGGCUAUAAAUUAAUUUAUAUUCUUUCUAGAAGAUAAUAAAACCUUUAUGACUUCCUCUGUAAAACUUUAUAUGUUUCCCUUAAAGUCAAAAUUAUGUUGUUAGUUUGUCAUAGUCUAUUUAUCGUAGUACGUUACCGACUCGAGAUCGUCAUCUGCUUCGGGUUUCCGCGAAAACACCGCCACUGUGAUUGAAUGAGGUUUUGUUCUGUGUUUAAAAACGGGGGAAAAUCUUGGAACUGCAGGAUCGGAACUGUUCUAUAAUUAUUAUUACAGAAGAGGUUCUCGACCGAAGCCAGAACUAAGUUGGAGUUUGUUCUCUGUCUUACGUGCAUUACAGGAACACCACUAGAGUUACUUUGAACUUGAUUUUUUAAUAAAGUGUUUAAUAAGA